AUGGAUCCGUUUUCCAUCUCAGCGGGUUGCUUGGGGCUGGUGGCUACCAUCACAAAGGUCUCGACAUCUAUCACGGCCUUCGUCAAAGACUUGCGCCAGACACGCCGCGACCUCGAUAACGUGUCGCGCGAGCUCACGUCGCUCAAGACCAUCCUCGAGCUCCUGCUCGAGGAUGAUAAGACGCCGACAGUCAUUCUCCCCGAGUCCAUGGCCACGCAUGUCUCCGGGAUCCUCAGCAACUGCGACAUCGUGGUCCUCGAUACUGAGAAAUGCCUUGCCAAGUACAAGCAAGACUCGCUAUCACGGAGAAUUUCCUGGGUCGCUAGCGGCCGGGACGACAUUGCUAAGCUGCUGAGAGAACUUGAAUCUUACAAGUCGGCGCUAGAGCUAGGGCUAGAUAUGCUACAACUAUAG